AGCUGAACUAUCUUAUCGAUUAUACUCGGAAUCGAUUUAUUGAUUAGACUUCUCGAGCGUAUCAAGCAUGAAAUUUUGUUGACCGUUUGGUCGGCAUAGUUACCGUUUGGUUUUAUUUGAGCCGUGUGAAUCACGUUUUGUUUCAUCGCGUGAUCAUUAGUGAGAAUUUCGCAUUCCUUGCUGAUCUCACUCUGCCCCCUUCGAUAAUCAUCUCGCUAUGGCGAAGCAGAAUGAAACAAACAUCUGUGAAUGUCGGUACGCUUUUAAAGAAGGUCCGCAAGAAAUGAAAGACAACUUCAAUAACUUCCCGAAUAUUCACGAGAUCGAAGAGGCAGAGAGCGAGACCGAAGAAAUAACGGCUUUAGACCAGCUAGGUCUUUUUGCUUCGAAUGAAGAAGUUGUACAGAAAACUAAGGACACGUCAGACGACGAAUCCGUGUACAUAGGCGAGUCUUUCUGCUCCGACGAGUCCUGCGAUGAAUCCGAAGUUACCAAUGUCACAUCAGGAUCACUAAAUUCUUCGUCUUUGAUCCAUGUUACUGAUCUCCCGCUCAGUCAGAGUUCGAAGGAACAGGAAAUUGAAGUUAGUGAGUUAAGCUGGAAAGACAAUUGUCAGGAUGAGUCUUAUUUGUCCAGUGAUGAACUGCCUCGUGUCACCACAGCAGAUAGGUUUACCAAGUCAAGAAAGUGCAGACGUUGGAACAUGAGCUUCACCGACGAGGAAAUGCGUAAGAUUGAGCGGGAGAACGAGCUACUGCUGAGAAAGAUUAUGGCACAACAGAAACCUCGGCACAAAAUCCUUGGUGAGGAUAUCAUUCAAUCUAGGAUUAGCAGUUCUGCGAUAAAUAGGAAGAAGUUGCAAAAGAAGAUAGAAAAUGAUAACAUGCUACUCCUAAGAAGGAUACAACAGGCGAAAUCUUGCGUUUUCACAAAUACGUCGAAAAUGGGUUGUAGAUUGACCUUUUUGUAGAAUUUUUACAAUAUUGAAAAGAUACGAUUCAUCUCGUUAUGAAACAAAAUCAACCACAUCAGCGGACUAAGAUAAUCAACUGCUACUGUAAAGAGAAAACAUUAGCGUAUAAAUCAAAAAAUUAGGCCUUAUCAUUUUUUAGUAUGGUUCCUAAGUGAUCGCAACUCUAUUAGGUCGUGCUGUCAUAAGCGAGAAAUGACAUGUAGAAAUUUCUUACAUGCUAUUUGUAAAUAAAGAGUUUAAGUGAAAUAAGAUAAUGAGAUCGCUUUAAAACACUUAUAAAAAUGAGUCAAGCUAUGCUUGUCUCUAAUGAUAGUAAAUAAGUAUAAAAGGCAAGAGAAGUAAAAAUACGUGUAAGAUUUUCAUUUUAUGUACCUUUUACGACUAUUUACUGAUUCGAGGGAGAGAGAGGGGGAGAAUAGGAUAGCUUCGGUUCAUUUUUACAAGUGUUUUAGCACUUCCAUAUGUUUCAUUUUCUUUCUUUACAAAUGUUAUGUAAGAAAUUUCAACGUCUCGUUUCUUAUGACUUCACAAUUCAAUAUAAUCACGGCGACUAGUUGAAAGCUUUAAAUGUAAUAUUUAUGUAAAUGUCAAUUUUGAAACAACUUACGAUGGAUUUCGACUUUAUAAAGAAAAAUCCUCUGUAAAGUUCGUACUUUCUCGAAUACAAAACAUUAUGCUUUUUUGUGACUUCUUUAUUAAAACACAACGAUUACCAGUCUUGAAGAAUAGGUACACAUUUCUUUAACUUCACAUUUUGUGUAUACGGCGCAAUCUUGUAAACUCGUCUCUUGAAAAUUUGCUUGAAGCUAUCUCUACAAGACUAUAAAAAAUCACAGUUCUCACUCAUCUCAAAUAACUUAAUUAUCACUCAUGGUUAAUAUAAAAAAUCGGGAACUCUCGAAUAUUGUGACGAUUCUCUUUUUCUUUCUUUUUUCCCUUGCACUAUAUCAUAGACAUAGUAUCCAUUACAUUUAUAUACGAGCAAUAUCGUAAGAGAAGAGAAAGGGUGUAUUGUGUGUGUCAAGGAGCAAAUUAUAAAUUUCUGUAGAAGUAAUGUAUAAUAUAGUUUCCUUUAAAUCAAUGUGUGCUGCGAUUAUAAUAUGAAACUGUAUUUCUUUUUUUAA